AUGUUUAAAGGACUUACAAAACUGAAUUUACUAUAUUCGGACAACAAUAUCAUAAGAAAAAUUCCACAUGUGAUAUUAGAUUCAUUAACGUCAUUGGGUCGUUUACGGCCUGACAAAAACCCGUUGACGUGCGAUUGCGAUAUUCUGUGGUUUAUAAACGCGCUGAAGAAAAGUCACCACCCACGAGUUGUACUCGGGAAUUCCAACCCUUUGUGUCAUUAUCCCGUAGAAAUGAGCGGAAAAUCGUUGUUGGAAAUUACCGAAAACGAUUUUCAUUGCGCGUCUCCCGAUGUAAUCGUGGUACCAGAGAACAAGACGGUGUCGGUCGGUGAACAGUUACAACUCUCGUGCAAAGCUGUAGGAAACCCGGAACCUUUUAUAACGUGGGUCAAAGACGACAUCGAUCUAGAACUUAGCCAAAGAGUUCAGGUAUUUCAAAACAAUACAUUGAUUAUAUCUAAAGCGGAAAGAACGGACGGAGGACAUUAUAAGUGCGUGACAUCCAAUUCUCUUGGACGAAAAUCUUUCCAGGCGAUGGUUAACGUAAACGAUUAA